AUGAGACAUAAGUUUGUCAUACAUUAUAAUACAAUUACUCUAUCCAGUUGUAAAGAUAUUUUUUUAAGAAAAUGGUUUAACUUAAUUUUUUACUCAAGAAAUUAUUCCUCUUGUAAGAACAUGAUAAAAAUAUCACAAAAAAGAAAGAAAGAUAUUAUAUAUAAUAAUAAAAGGAACUGUAAUAAAUAUAAUAAUGUUAGAAAAGAUGAAUGUGGAGUUAUUAAUACUGAGGAUAACAGAUAUAAUAGUAUAUAUAAUGAUAGAAUAAACUUAUAUCUUGGAAAUAAAAAUAUAAAUAGAAAGAAUCUAUUAACAUAUAUUAAGAAUCAUAAAAAAUUGUUAUUAUAUACAUUAUGUAAAAUAUAUGAAAAGAAACAAUUUAAUAAACAAUCGAAUGAUAUAUUGAAUGAAUUAUCUCAUAAUAUAUGUGAACAUGUAGAAAAAACAAAAGAUAAAUUAAAUUCAAGGGAGAGAUUAAUAUUUUUAAGUUGUAUAAAUGAUAAACAUUAUGCUGAAAAAAUAAACAUCAUCAAAAGUAACAACAACAACAAUAAUAAUAAUAAUAAAUAUAAUAUAUUUGAUGAAAAAAAUGUGUUUCUUUAUUUAUGUAAAGUUUUAAAAAAUAGAAAAUAUUAUUUAGAAGAUAAUGAUAUAGUUAAUGACAUAUUGUUUUUUUUUGAAAAGAAAAUUAAUAUAAUGAGAAUAAAUAAUAUUUCAUUAUAUUUGUCUAAUAUAUCCUAUUUAAAUAGUAAAGUUAUUAUUAAAACCAAUAUGUUAUAUUAUUUUGUUCUUUAUAUGUUAAAAUAUAUAAAAUAUAAAAUAAAAAAAAGAAUGAAUCUUAACAAUAUUUAUCAUUAUGUCACAUUAUUAACAUCAUGUAUGAAUAUAUCAAAAUUGAAAAUGGAAAAAAAUGAAAAUAUAGAUUCUUAUAUAAAUCAUUUAAAUGUCAUAAAAAUGACAAAUAAAAAUGAAUAUUCUUUUGAUUCUACUAACUUUUCUAACAUCUCUAAACAAAAUAUAAACGAUAAAAAAUAUCUAAACGAUAUCAUGCAUUCUUCCUUAAUCUAUAAUGAUAAUAAUUUUUAUCAUUAUUUUAAUAUAUAUGAACAUUUUGAAUAUAAAGAAGAAAGCGACAAAAAAAAAACAAUAAAUAUAACAAUGCCAUAUAAAAGAAAAAAUAAUAAUAAUAAUUAUAAUGAUGAUAAUGAUGAUAAUAAUGAAGAAAAAAAUAAAAAUCAACAACAAAAUGAUAAACAAAAUGAUCAUAAUAAUAUGAACAUUCAAACAUUUUACCAUAUUAAUGAUGAACUGAUUUUUUUAAUAUAUCAUAUGAAUUACAUUUUAAAAAAUAUAUUUUUAAAAAAAAAAUAUACAAGAAAAAAAAUACUUGAACAAAAUAUAUUAAAAAAUAUGACAAUUCCAAUUAUUAUACAUUAUAUGUUUAGUUCAUUAAAUUUUCAAAUAUUUUCCAAUGCAUUGUAUCUAGAAUUAGAAAAAUUAAUCCUAUCAAUAUGUGAUAUGAAUAAACAAUCCUUUGAAUUAUUAUUACCUCCUUCAAAUAUGAUAGAACUUUUACAUUUAAUGUCUUUACAUAAUAAUUUAAUUAAAUUCGAUGAUAAGGUAGAAAAACUUAUUAUCAAAAAGUUUUUAGAUCAAUUAUUUAUAGAUAACUGUAUAAGUUUAAACAAGAAAGAUAAAAUUAUUUUAUAUAUUAGUAUAUCUAAAAUUUUAUUUUCUUCAAAGAAAAUAUAUAUGGAAAAAAUGCAUAAUAUACUAACAAAUGAAUUUAUUAAUUUUACUUACCGUGAUUUAUAUUCUAUAGUAUAUGCUUUAAAUUGUUCAAAAUAUUGUGACCUGCCUUUUAUUGAAUCUUUAUUGAGAAAUAUUUAUAAAUUAAAACAUAAAUAUUCUCAAAAUAAAUUAUUAACAAUCAUAUCGAUAUUUUAUUCAUUUCAAGUCAACAUGUCCAUAUUUAAUUUGCUCAUAACAUAUGCAAACAAAAAGGACAUAAAUCAUAUUAAAAAGGAGGAAGCAGAUACAAGUGAAAAUUAUAAUGUUAACACUGGAGCAAAAAAACUGGAAGACGAUUUAGAAAACAAGGAAAGAAUUUUGAAGGAAUUAUCCUCACACAUAAAGGAAGAAUCCAACGAUAAUUUUGUUUUUAAUGAAAAUGAUAUACUGGAGUUUAAUUCUGAUGAAAAUAGAAUAAAGGAUGACACAUCCGAAGAAAAAUUUUUAAUGGAUGACGAUGAAAUCAAAAAAUACAUAAAAAGAAAACAUAAAAAACGAAAGUCAUAA